AGACCCUGAAUUUUCUCGGCUUUCAUCCGACACCACACCACAACAUCCUAAAAAUGAGCAAAAAUAAGAGUCACAUAGAGGUAGUACGAAUCUAUAAUACUCUAAAUUCGUGGAGGAUAAUAUGAAGUGGUUGAGGAGCUACAAAAGAUUUGCUGAAAAAGUUGCAGAUUACCCGGAAUGAUAGUAUCGGUGAACUUCUGCACCUCACUCCAGGUUCGCCUCCCCAGCGUAGCAUUCCGUCCCAAGGCAGCUUACUCAUCAAUUGUCUUUAGCAACUCCAUGACAUGCUCCAAGUUCUGUUCAAACGCGACGCUAUGGAAGCUCAGAUUCAGAGACGGUAUAUGGAAAAUGGACAGUACGAUUUGUGCAUUGACGACAGCAAGCAAGUAACCCGACUAACAAGCCAUGAAUGGCCACGCAUUGAAGAAGGCACGAAGAUUGUCAUGAGGGUUAUUAUUGAACAAAAGACAUGGGGAUCACCUUCUGAAGUUGAUUAUCAAUGUCAAUUUUGCGGCGCUGUCAAUCACCUUGGUGUUGGGUCUAUCAUACAUUCACUUGAACGACAGGCCGGCUGCUCGAUUGAUUGUCGAGAGUGCAAACGACGGUUUCAGAUCUCCCGCGACAGUACAAAGUUCCACACUCAAUCAUCUAACAUUGCCAAUCCUAGGACUGACGCAGAAAUGCUCCUCAUUCGCAACUUUCACGUCCAGCAAAGUCCUGUGCGUGAUCUCGCCUUUUCACCUGGUUUCUUGACGCUGAUGGUGUCGCGGCCGUGUCCCGCUCUCAGUGGAGAGUGCGUGAUCUCGUCUUUUGACCUGCUUUCCCAACGCUGAUGGUGUCGCGGCUGUGUCCCGCUCUCAGUUGUGGGUGCGUGAUCUCGUCUUUGACCUGCUUUCUCGAUGCUUAUGGUGUCGCGGCCGUGUCCUGCCCUCAGGAGGUGCGUGAUCUCG